AAAUAACUCCACUAGCAAUCUUAGUACUAUUUUGACAUCGAUCUGACAACAAUACAUGAACGAGUGAACGUGGUUGAUUCCUGACUGAGGGCUAAGAAAUAUCUCCAUUAAUUCUUCAAGUUGAAACUUGCAAUCCACUGCAAAUUAAAGAGCCCAAACAAUACUAGACUGGUAUUAAAGGCUAGAGGGACACAAAUUAAUGGAAGGGGAGAAGAUGGAGAAGGGGAGAGUAUGUGUAACUGGUGGAACUGGAUUUUUGGCAUCAUGGUUGAUCAAAAGGCUGCUUGAAGAUGGUUAUUCUGUCAACGCUACAAUUAGGCCCUCUUCAGAUCCAAAGAAAAACAUUAACCACCUCACAGAACUACCUGGUGCAUUAGAAAGACUACGAGUUAUCAACGCUGAUCUUGAUAAACCAGACAGCUUUAAUGCAGCAAUUGAAGGCUGCAUUGGAGUCUUUCAUGUUGCUCACCCUAUGGAUUUUGAGGGCAAAGAAACCGAGGAAACAAAGAUCAAUAGAUCUAUCAGGGGAACAAUUGGGAUUCUUCAGGCAUGCCUUAAUUCCAAGACAGUGAAGCGAGUUGUUUAUACUUCCAGUGCAUCCACUGUCUGGUCAAAUGAUAAGGGCCUAAACAUGGUGGAUGAAAGCAUCUGGAGUGAUGUAGAUCAUAUUAGGAGGAUCUUUGGUGGUAGUGGGCCGGUCUCUUAUGCAAUCACCAAGACGUUAACAGAAAAAGCUGCAUUGGAAUUUGCAGAGAAAAAUGGGCUUGAUCUUGUGAGCAUAAUUCCUACCUGGAUACAUGGCCCCUUUGUAUGCCCUUUUAUGCCUGGCUCUGUACGCUCCUCAAUGGCAAUGAUCAUUGGUCAUCAAGAUGAAUUCAGCAUUAAGUAUCAUUAUAAAACACCAUUUGUGCAUACUGAUGAUGUGGCCAGGGCACACAUCUUUCUGUUUGAGUAUCCUGAAGCUAAAGGGAGGUAUAUUUGUUCUGCUGUUGAAGUCACUAUUGAUAAGUUAGCCGAAUGCCUGUCCGCUAGGUACCCUGAGUAUCCAAUACCAACUGCUGAUUCCUUGAAGGAGAUGACAGGAUCCGAAGAAUCUGGUAGCCUUUCUUCCAAGAAACUUUUGGACACUGGAUUCGAAUACAAAUACAGCAUUGAAGACAUGUUUGAUGCAGCAAUUCAGUGUUGCAAACAAAAUGGUUUUCUAUAACUGCUGUUUGGAUUGCAAAAUGAGUGACUUUGAUUUAUCUUCCACUGUCAUAGUGCAUGAUUUUCCAAAGGCUACCACUCGUUGUUACGUUUUGUUCAGUGUAGAAAACAGGAUUACUUAUUUCAUCCUCGCAUCCGUUUAAUUAAAGGAAAAUUGUGUCACCAGAUA